CUGUCAGACUUUGGCCACCCUAAAAGUGCAGGUUUUGUUAGCAAACUAACUCGAACUGUAUAACCCGCGCCGACUUUAUUUAAAGUUGUGCAUUCAUCUGCGGAUCGAUCUUUGAACACGCGAGCUGCCGAUUAAAGCGCAAAGAUUGCACAUAGAAGAAGAGUUUAGUUUUUAUCGGUGCUAAUUUUUUUUUUUGCACAAGCCAGCGAUCCUGAGCGGGUGUAAGGCUUGAUGCAGGGAGGGAGGGAGUAGAAAAAGGCAAAAGUCUUUGUGCUUCCCUUCCCCCUCAUCAAAGCAAAGGGGAAAUGUCUCUGUCUAAAGGAGGAAGGAAGAAAAACCCUGGGCUGAAGCUGGCCAGAGAAGUGUUUGUGCCUCCAGCAGCAGCAGCCCCCCCUCGAGAUCUUGACUCAAAAGCUUGUGUUACGAUUGGAGAUCAGAAUUUUGUAGUGAAGGCUGAUGACUUGGAGCAGAUCGCAGAGCUGGGGAGGGGAGCAUAUGGGGUGGUGGACAAGAUGAGACAUGUACCCAGUGGGGUUAUCAUGGCUGUCAAGAGGAUUCGUGCCACAGUCAACACUCUGGAGCAGAAGAGGCUCCUGAUGGACUUGGACAUUUCUAUGAGGACAGUGGACUGCUUCUACACUGUCACCUUCUAUGGCGCCCUCUUCAGAGAGGGAGAUGUGUGGAUCUGCAUGGAGCUGAUGGACACAUCUCUGGAUAAGUUCUACAAGAAAGUCAUCGAGAAGGGCAAAACCAUCCCAGAGGACAUCCUGGGCAAGAUCACAGUAGCAAUUGUCAAAGCAUUAGAGCAUCUUCACAGUAACCUGUCAGUGAUACACAGAGAUGUGAAGCCCUCUAAUGUUCUGAUCAACACUGAGGGACAAGUGAAAAUGUGCGACUUUGGCAUCAGUGGCCACCUGGUGGACUCUGUGGCCAAAACAAUGGAUGCAGGCUGCAAGCCCUACAUGGCGCCUGAGAGGAUCAACCCUGACCUCAACCAGAAAGGCUACAGUGUCAAGUCAGACAUCUGGAGUCUCGGUAUCACGAUGAUUGAGCUGGCCAUUCUGAAGUUCCCCUAUGACUCCUGGGGUACUCCGUUCCAGCAGCUCAAACAGGUUGUGGAUGAGCCAUCUCCACAGCUGCCUGCCGACCGCUUCUCCCCAGAGUUUGUAGACUUCAUCUCUCAGUGCUUAAGAAAGAAACCAAAUGAAAGACCAGCUUAUACAGAAUUAAUGCAACAUCCUUUCUUCACCCUGCAUGACUCCAAAGAGACGGAUGUGGCCAGUUUUGUCAAGGUCAUCCUCGAUGACUGAUGUGCUCUGACCUGGCUCCGCCGUCGUCAUGGUAGGCGGGACCUCCCAGCAAAACAAACCAAUGGCCUACCUUUUUUCUCUUUUUUUUUUUUUUUUUUUUUAACUCACUGGAAUGGCAGACUCUUAUGCCACCGCACACAACAGGGCGGGGGGGAAUUGACCCAAAGACUGACAGCGGCCAAGCAGCACUGGAGUGGGGGUGUGGCGGUUAAAUGAACUCGUAUGGUAAAAAAGAAAAAAAAACUGGAGAGGUUAAAUUUACUCCUCCGACUUUUCCUGUGUGUGCCAGCAUUCACGACAGAUAUGAACUGAACCUGCUUUCUUCUGCUUUGUUUUUUUUUUUUUUUUUCUUUUUUUUUUGCCCCCUUUUUAUCUUGGACAGAGCCAGCCAUGAUCUCUUUGUGACACAUAUUGUAUGAAUACUUUGAAUUUUUUUGGAUUUCAUCUGCAAAACCAUCAGUUAAUGUGUAUGUUGUUGUGUAUUGAAAGCUAUAUUUGCAUAUGCGUUUGUAUGUUUUCUCAUUAUACAGAGUUUUGAUACUGUAUCUCUUGGACAAGUGUGAAUUUUACCGGACUAGGGCCUUAUUUGUCUCACUGCAUCAGGGGAACAGUUCGACCUGCUUCUGCUCUGCAUCGAUUGGUCAGCGCUGGGGCUGCAGAAUGGGGCUGCAGAAUGAGCCUUCGGGACUCCAGCAGAGACAAAAACGUAAGAAAUGUUAGGGGUCGCAUUCUGGACGGCAGGAGUCAUUCCUAGAUCUCAGGAAUGUGAGGCGUCCGAUAUCAUAUGAACCCUCAUUGAUCUGAGCUGAGGCCCCUCGUGCAUCUUCUUCUUCUCUUUUGGUAUUUACGUGUCAGCGUCAGUGCUGCCAUUGUUGCUACCUGGAAGUAUUCAGGGGUUGCCUAAUCGAGCUUUAUCUUUCUGUGCCAUUUUAUCAAAUUGUUCUCAUGAAUUUCUGCAUUAAUUGUAUUUUUUUCCCUUUAUUUUGGACUUGUUCUGGCCUGUGUUCGGUUUUAUUUCAGCAGCAUUUAAACCUUUUUGUCUCCAUAGUCUUCUCAUAAGAGGCACUUAUGUUUGUUUCCCCAGUACCUUGUUAUUAUGCAUUACACAGACAGUAUGUUAGGGAAAUAAUUUAUGUGUUGAAGAUGUAAAUACUAUCUCCUUUUUUAAUGUAACAUGGCACUGUGUCAGUCUAGCAGUGCUGCUGAGUGGUAGAGUGGUUGGUGUUAGUUAGUUUUAAAGCAGUGUGACAUGUCAUACACAAACACUUGUACUCGCAGGGCCAGCUGACUGUCGUACACCUAUUUUGGACUGAUGUGCUGUCAGGCGCCGCCACUCAGGUUUCUUUGCUCUGCUCCGUGCGGAGACAACCCCGUUUAUUUUUCCUUAGGUCAUACUCUCCUUGAGUGCUGGACCGAGAGCCUCUUUUCAGUCCUUGGUGGGCAGCCAUUAUCUCUUCUGUAUGACCGUACUAUGCAGAGCCUCCUCGCCUUGGACACAAAGCGAGAGGUCCUUUGCCAUGUGGCAGUUUUUUCCCGCUUCAAGUGUUCAGAGACUGUGAUGAUGAUGAUGGUGGUGAGGAUAGUGAUGAUAACUGCCAUGCAUGCGUCUCGUCAUGGCUAGCACUCGUCACCUCUCUGGUUUACACUGUAGUGCGACCUUUAUCAAAAGUCAGUGAGUCAGGAGUAUUUAUGAUUGUGAAUAAUAAGGGAAAGCUAGCAACACCACAAAGAAGCUGCUGUUAAUUUUUGUUUUUAUUUUCUCUCCUUUUUUUCUCUUUUUUGUUUUAGUCGGCCUUCUUUGGAUGGCCAUUCCCUUGGUGUGUAAAAGUGAGUUUUUACGCCGAUCACAAUGAGAAUGGAACACUUGCUCUACCUCUUACUCCUUCACUCUAUUUGCCACCUUUUCAUUGGGUGGGACUGACAAACUUGAACUAUGGAAAGACAAAAAAUAAAGGCUUUAUUGUUCAGUAUAA